GAGGGCGGGGCCAAACCAGCGUUCAUAUAGAGUUGAUGACGUUUGCUAAUACUGAGUAUUUGUGAACUGAAGUGGUUAUCAACAAACGUAAAUUACACGUGACGGUAGACCCUUAGAGGACAUCAAAAUGAUUAUCGUCAUUGAAGACAAGGCUGCCUUUGACAGUGCCCUGAAACAAGCAGGCAAUAAGCUGGUGGUGGUAGACUUCACAGCCACAUGGUGCGGGCCCUGCCAGAUAAUCGCCCCGAUUUUUAAAAGAAUGUCUGAAGAGUACAAAAAUGUGGUGUUCCUAAAGGUGGAUGUGGAUGAUGCACAGGAUGUGUCUAGUUCCUGUGAUGUCAAAUGUAUGCCAACAUUCCAGUUUUAUAAGCAAGGACAAAAGAUUGAUGAAUUUGCUGGCGCAAACAAAGAUACGCUGAAGCAGAAGAUCGAACAACAUCAAUAAACACACAUCACUUAAUCCCUUUCAACAGAUAAACACACAGUAUAGGUUUACCAACGGUUUCAGAAGGUUUUACGAUA